AUGAAGCGAAUUACUGAAUUUCUCUUACAGAUCAUUUGCUUUGCAACCACUCCAGAUGGUUAUUCACCAGAGGUACCACUUGUGCAUACAAUCAGGAUAGAGGAUGAUAAUGAUAAUGCUCCAUAUUUUACACAGGACCUUUUUGAAUUUUCUGUCCCUGAAAAUUCCAAACCUGGUGUAAUUGUUGGAAAAAUGACUGCAGAGGACAGAGAUGAGCCUUAUACUCUGCAUACUACAUUGAAAUACCGCAUUGUGUCACAAAAUCCACCAGUAACCCCAGCAUUUUCUUUACAUGGUGACACGGGUGUCAUUUCUGUAUUAUUACCGCAGCUGGACAGAGAGCUGGUACCCAGUUACACUUUGUUAGUUGAAGUGAGAGAUAUGGCAGGUCAGCCUUUUGGUUUGUGCACUACAGGAACGACUGUCAUUAGAAUCGAAGAUACAAAUGACAAUGCACCAUCCUUUAAACAGAUGCAAUAUGAAACACGAGUGGAGGAAAACAGAGUGAAUGUAGAAAUACUGAGAGUCUCUGUUGUUGAUCUUGAUGAACCUGGAUCGCCUGGCUCAAGAGCAGUGUAUGAAAUUAUAAGAGGAAAUGAUGAUCGGUCCUUUGAAAUUACAACAGACAAAAACACAAAUGAAGGAAUAUUGUGUGUUGUUAAAGGACUGGACUAUGAAAGUGCCAAGCAAAGGGUCCUUGUGAUUGCAGUCAACAACGAGGCACCCUACAUGCUGGCACCACAUUCGCAACAACUUUCCCAGAGCACCAGCUCUGUUACAGUGCAUGUCCUGGAUGUGGACGAGGGACCAGUGUUUAAACCCUGCCAGUUACGCCUAGAUGUUAAAGAGUGUGAGGAGAUUGGCACGAGUAUUGGGAGAUACGUAGCAGAAGAUCCAGAAACUGGAAAUAGUGAAGGCAUAAGCUACCGGAUACCACCUGGACAAUGUAAUUGGAUCAGCAUAGAUGAAAAUUCAGGUGAAAUCAGAACCGUUAAAGUCUUGGACCGAGAUGUACCAGAAAUGAGACAAGGUCAAUGUGAUAUCUCAGUCCUCGCAAUAGACAGAAAUGGCAAAACAGGCACUGGAACAAUCCAAGUUUUCAUCCAGCCUGGGAAUAAGAAUUACCCACGAAUCGCUAAAACUGAGUAUAUAAUGUGCAGAGACAGAAAACCGAUCUGCCUUACUGCACAGGAUGGUGAUGAGUCUCCUUACAGCACACCCUUCGUAUAUCACAUAACUGACCGUAACUUGGCUUCCAUGUGGAAGAUAACUCGACACAACGAUAAUUCUGUGUAUCUUUCACCAAAGGAUGAUAUUCCAUUUGGAAUAUACAAUAUUCCUGUAAGUGUCACUGACAACGGAGGAAAGGUGGGAGAGAACCACAUAACAGUUAACCUCUGUGAUUGUGUUACUCCAACUGAAUGCAAUGGCAGGACCCGUUUACUUUCUGGCGGAAAUGUUACUCUUGGUGUGUGGGCCAUCCUUGCAAUGAUCUUAGGAUCACUAUUAUUGCUGCUAAUUCUGAUCACAAUUUGUGGCUGCUGUGGCUCUGGGGUAAUGCACAGGCAUGUGACUGAUGAUUGUGCCAAUCACAAUUUAAUAAUUUCAAAUACAGAAGCUCCAGGAGAAGAAGUGAUGGAUCACAAUAUAAUUCCUCUACAAAAUACAAGUGAUCAAGGAGGAUAUGGAAUAAAAACAGGAGAUCAACAAACAUUUGAAAUGGUAAAAGGAAGAGGACAUACCUUGGAAUCAGUGAAGGGAGGUGGACAUCAGACUCUGGGAUCAGUUAAAGAAGGAGGAGGACAGCCUAUGAUGGAUACGUGUAGAUACUCCUACUCAGAAUGGCAUAAUUUCACACAUCCUCGUUUAGGUGAAAAGGUGCAUCUAUGCAGACAGGAUGAAGAACAGAAGCAUUCUGAAGAUUAUCUCCUUUCAUAUAACUAUGAAGGAAAAGGAUCCUUGGCUGGCUCUGUAGGCUGCUGCAGUGAUCAGCAUGAAGAAGAAGCACUUGACUUCUUAGAUCAGCUGGAACCCAAGUUUAGGACAUUAGCAGAAACUUGCGUAAAAAGAUAAAUGUGCCUUUCACGGUGUUGAAAAAAACCUGUAAAUAAGUGGCUGCCAUACUUCUGCAAUAUUAGGUAUUUUGGAAUUGAGGGGGGGAGAGGUUUAUCAAAGUUAAUAUAGACAGGUGAGAGUGUAAGUAACUCUUACUUUAAAAUUACAACUUUUUUUAAAUCUCUGCUAGACACAUUCCAUCAAAAAUAAGGAAUUCAAAAUAUUUUUUCUUUAGACUAUGUUAAUAUAGUAAUACUAGUUUCUACUUAGAUUACAUUUCCUAUUCUUUGUGAUUACUUAACAAUGCAAAACCUGGUGUUGUCCUUUUAAUUAUUCAGCUUCAAAAUGUUACUGUAUUUGGCUUUGGAGAAGGAAAGCUUUUUAAUUCACUGUUUCUUUGUUUUCUUUGAAUUCUGUAGAAAUAA